UUGGGACCAUGGAUGUACCGCGGCCCAAGAGCCGCGUGGAGAUCGUCGCCGCCAUGCGCAUGAUACGGUACGAGUUCAAGGCUAAAGGUGUGAAGAAAAAGAAAGUGACGCUCGAGAUAUCGGUGGAUGGAGUACGUGUGACACUUCGGAAAAAGAAAAAGAAAAAACAGUGGAUGGAUGAAAAUAACGCCUUUCUGAUGCACCACCCUAUAUAUAGGAUAUUCUACGUCUCUCACGACUCGCAGGAUCUCAAGAUCUUCAGCUACAUUGCCCGGGAGGGUUCUAGCAACGUAUUUAAGUGCAACGUCUUCAAGUCCAACAAGAAAAGCCAGGCGAUGCGCAUCGUGCGAACCGUGGGGCAGGCCUUCGAGGUGUGCCACAAGCUGUCGGCUGCGGCGGGCAACACGGCCGACGACGAGGACCAGGACCUCGCGGGCACGGCGUCCACAGCGGCCAUGGACGCGGCCGAGGCCACCACUGGAGUCGCGGGGGUCGAGCGCAAAGACACGCUGUCGGAUCCCAUCAGCUGCGACACACUGGCAGGCACUGUGGCCGAGGACGAGGCAUCGAUACAGUCGGAGCCGGUGCACGCCACGGUGCCGACCUCGGCGCCGGGAGGCGGCGGGGGCGGCGGAGGUGGAGGUGGAGCCGCACCCAGGCCGCUGCGACUCGACAUCCUGCCUCCACCCCCGUCCAACCCCCGGAGAACGUCCCCACAGAGCGGCAGCGGGAGUGGCAGUGGCGGCGCGGGCGACCUGUACGCCUCGCCGCCCGGCGGGGGCGGGGGCGGAGGCGUCGAGGGCGGGCGAGCGGGCAGCAGCGGCCGCGAGACGGCGGCGGGCACGCCGCUCAGCGCGCACCACGAGCUGCAGCUGCUGCGCGAGCAGCUGGACCAGCAGGCGCACCAGACGCAGGCGGCGCUGGCGCAGGCGCAGCUGCUGCGCGACCAGCUCGCCGCCGAGACGGCCGCGCGACUCGAGGCCCAGGCGAGAACGCAUCAGUUGCUGGUGCACAACAAGGAGCUGCUGGACCACAUAGCGGCGCUGGUGGCGGCCCUGCAGGACCAGGAGCGGCUGCACCACCACCAGCAGCAACAGCAGCACCAGCAGCACCAACAGCACCAGCAGUUCCAGCAGCAGCAGCAGCAGCCGCAGCAGCUGCAGCCUCCGCACGUCGCAAUGAUGCCACAGUUGACGAUGAUCGACAAGGUGAGCCGGUGGUUCGAGAUGCUGGAGCCGCUGUCGCGCCCAGAGAGCGGCUUCGUGGACGCGGCCGGCGCCGAGGAGGACCCCUGGCCGCCAGCGCGGGCGCCGGCGGCGGCGGCGGCGGCGGCGCGAGGCCUGCGAGCAGCGCUCCGCGCGGGACGAUCCGUAACUACCUUCUGAGGCGGUGCGCGGCCCGCCACCGGCAACUGUCAGCGCGAGUGAUCUGUCUCCACAGCCACCAGCUUCUCAGGACAGAUCCGCUGCUGCCAGCCUUGCAAUCUACCUCCUACGUCACCAACUUCUGACGAGGCUAAGAGCACCGU